AUGGGGCAGGCGGCCAGGGAGGAGCCCGAGCCCAGGCCAAGCGCUGUGCCACUCCCGCUCAUCCUGGCCCUGCUGCCCCUGCCGCCACUGCUGGGCACGAAGGAGGGCAGCCCCAGGCCCCGGUCCCAGCUUUCUGCUGACCGGCUGUCUUGUCCCACAGGGGCGGAGACCCGGCAAAGGCUGCUGCGCACGGUCAAGAAGGAGGUGAAGCAGAUCAUGGAGGAGGCCGUCACACGGAAGUUUGUCCACGAAGAUAGCAGCCACAUCAUCUCCUUCUGUGCGGCUGUGGAGGCCUGCGUCUUGCACGGGCUGCGGCGGCGGGCGGCUGGCUUCCUGCGCAGCAACAAGAUCGCGGCUCUCUUCAUGAAGGUGGGCAAGAGCUUCCCGCCAGCUGACGAGCUGAGCCGCAAGGUCCAGGACCUGGAGCAGCUGAUAGAGAACGCGCGAAACCAGAUCCAGGGCCUCCAGGAGAAUGUGCGGAAGCUGCCGAAGCUACCCAACCUGUCCCCACUUGCCAUCAAGCACCUGUGGAUCCGCACGGCCUUGUUUGAGAAGGUCCUGGACAAAAUUGUGCAUUACCUUGUGGAAAAUAGCAGUAAAUACUACGAAAAGGAAGCACUCCUGAUGGACCCUGUGGAUGGCCCCAUCCUUGCGUCUUUGUUGGUGGGGCCCUGUGCCUUGGAAUACACCAAGAUGAAGACGGCGGAUCACUUCUGGACCGAUCCCUCUGCCGACGAGCUCGUCCAGAGGCACCGCAUCCACAGCUCACACCUGCGACAGGACUCGCCCACCAAGCGCCCCGCCCUCUGCAUCCAGAAGAGGCUUUCGAGUGGCAGCAUGGAUGACCGCCCAUCCCUCUCGGCCCGUGACUAUGUGGAGUCCCUGCACCAGAACUCCAGGGCCACCCUGCUCUAUGGCAAGAACAACGUUCUCGUUCAGCCGAGGGAUGACAUGGAGGCUGUCCCAGGGUACCUGUCCCUGCACCAAACUGCUGACCUCAUGACCCUGAAGUGGACACCCAACCAGCUGAUGAACGGGUCUGUGGGAGAUCUGGACUAUGAGAAGAGUGUCUAUUGGGACUAUGCCAUGACCAUCCGCCUGGAGGAGAUCGUCUACCUGCACUGCCACCAACAAGUGGACAGCGGCGGGACGGUGGUGCUGGUCAGCCAGGACGGGAUCCAGAGGCCACCCUUCCACUUCCCCAAGGGAGGGCACCUCCUGCAGUUCCUCUCAUGCCUGGAGAACGGGCUGCUCCCUCACGGGCAGCUGGACCCACCGCUCUGGUCUCAGCGGGGGAAGGGCAAAGUAUUUCCCAAACUGCGCAAGCGAAGCCCUCAGGGUUCUGCCGAGUCCACAGCUUCAGACAAGGAGGAUGACGAGGCCACGGAUUACGUGUUCAGGAUCAUCUACCCCAGCCUGCAGUCCGAGUUCGUUGUUCCCGACCCCUUGGGCAGCACAUCCUCGGUCUCCAUGGGCCCUGCCUGGAUGGUGGUUCCUGUGGGCCGGACCAUGCUGGUGGUGGCCAGGGGCAGUCGGUGGGCCCAAACCAGAUGGGACGCCACCCUUCCCAUACCAGGCUUGAAGCAGCAGCCCCCCAUGCCCCAGGACCUGAUGGAUGUCUCCAUGAGCAACCUGCCAUCCCUAUGGCAACCCAGUACCCACAAAUCUUCUUGCUCAUCCUGUUCACAGAGUAGCUCAGGUGAUGGUGGCUCAACCAAUGGCUGCAAACAUGAGAGGGCUCCCCUGAAGCUUCUCUGUGACAACAUGAAGUACCAGAUCCUUUCCAGAGCCUUCUAUGGAUGGCUUGCCUACUGCAGACACCUGUCCACCGUGAGGACCCACCUGUCAGCCCUGGUCAAUCACAUGAUUGUGUCUCCAGACUUGCCCUGCGAUGCUGGACACGGGCUGACGGCCGGGAUCUGGGAGCAGUACCUUCAGGACAGCACAAGUUACGAGGAGCAGGAGCUGCUGCGCCUUAUCUACUAUGGAGGCAUCCAGCCCGAGAUCCGCAAGGCUGUGUGGCCCUUCCUGCUGGGCCACUACCAGUUCGGGAUGACAGAAACGGAAAGGAAGGAGGUGGACGAGCAGAUUCAUGCCUGCUAUGCACAGACCAUGUCCGAAUGGCUGGGCUGUGAGGCAAUUGUGCGGCAGAGGGAGCGGGAGUCCCACGCAGCUGCCCUGGCCAAAUGCUCAUCAGGGGCCAGCCUGGAGGGUCCCCUGCACCGGAUGAUGCACAGAGACUCCACCAUCAGCAACGAGUCCUCCCAGAGCUGCAGUUCUGGCCACCAGAACAUCCGCCUGCAGAGCGACUCCAGCAGCAGCACACAGGUGACCUUCCCAAGGCCACGGCGUGGUCCAGGUGAGGGUUGGGGAGCUGGACCACAGAGGCAAGGGAGGAAUGGGUUGGAGAGGCAAGCUGUGGGAGUCCACACUGAGCCCCUGUGUCUCUGUCGUAGCUACAUCUGGCAGCACAUUGAGAUUGGCUAUGUCCAGGGCAUGUGUGACCUCCUGGCUCCACUGCUGGUCAUUCUGGAUGACGAGGCCCUCACCUUCAGCUGCUUCACGGAGCUUAUGAAGAGAAUGAACCAGAACUUCCCCCAUGGAGGCGCUAUGGACACACACUUUGCCAACAUGAGGUCACUAAUCCAGAUCCUGGACUCAGAGCUCUUUGAACUGAUGCAUCAGAAUGGAGACUACACUCACUUCUACUUCUGCUACCGCUGGUUCCUGCUGGAUUUCAAACGAGAACUUGUCUACGAUGAUGUCUUCUCUGUCUGGGAGACCAUUUGGGCAGCCAAACACGUCUCAUCCACCCACUACGUCCUGUUCAUCGCGUUGGCUCUGGUGGAGGUCUACCGUGACAUCAUCUUAGAGAACAACAUGGAUUUCACAGACAUCAUCAAGUUCUUUAACGAAAUGGCUGAGCGACACAACACCAAGCAGAUCCUGAAGCUGGCCCGGGACCUCGUGUACAAGGUGCAGACUCUGAUUGAGAACAAGUGAGGGCCGCCUCACCCAGGCAGCCUCAGCCAAGCUGCCACCUGCCUGUCGUGCCCACUUUGCCUCCCAGCCACCUGGGAGCGAGGUCCUGGUGUCUGUCUGUGAGCAUGGACUUCUGUGCAAAGAGAAACUGGCCCGACUUUGGCCGCCGGGCAGGUGGGGUCGAGGGCUCGCCCCUUGAGUUCAGCCUUACGUUUUCCUGUUUGACCAAAGAUCGCCCAUGUCUGGGAUUUCUCCUUGCGGGAACUGUCGGUGGAUGGAGGGAACGUCUUUGUUCAAGGCCUCCAGGCGUCUUCUCUGUUCUUCUCUCCCCAUCCCUCCAGACUGUCUUGUCAGAUGAGACGUGGGAUGGGAUUGUUUUGGAAGUUGGUUUAGGAGUCUGUGGGGUGCCCUCUGUACUCUGGAAGGGGCCUUUGCAGAUGUUCCAGAACAGCUGGAAGACCAGCUGGCCGCAAGGUUUUUGCACUUAGCACUGUUGACAUUUGGACUGGGUCAUCAUUUUUGGGGGGCGGGGGGCGGGCGGGUGUUCUGCACAUUGAAGGAUGUUGAGCAGCAUCCCUGGCCUCUACCCACCAGAUGCUAGUAGUACCUUCGUCCCCACCCCAUUGUGACAACCCAGAAUGUCCCCGGAUAUUGCCAAAUGUCCCCACUGGCUUAGAGGAGGGGCUACCAAUGUAUCUCCCAACCGGUUCUCUUUCUACCUAAGCUGCCCGUGUCCUGAGGCCCCCUUCCGUUUAGGAAAGGCACGCAAGAGGCCUCGCACGUCUCCCCUUGAGGGGUGAGAUUCCGUCUGCUGUAUUCUCUCGUUUUUCUCCUCCACCUGACUCUGGGAGAGACUUCUUUUCAAGAAGGGAGUCUUCCUGCGGGGCAGUGGGAUCCCAGAAGUGUCUGCAGGUGGGAGACAGUCCGGGGCUCUUCUGGGUUUCACCCAGAGCACCCUGUGAUCCCCCCAGGAAAGACUGCCUCUCCUUCCACACAUGGGUCUGGUGCUCCAGGAGCUUGGAAUGUGUGUGUUGGUGCAGCUGUUCCCCAAGUGCCCUUGCUCACUCAGGACGAAGGAAGAGGAAGACAGAGGGCAGCCAGGGUGAUGUGUGUGUUUUCCACGGUGGCUCAGUCCGGAAAUGGUCCCCCCCCAUGUCUUCUCUCAAAGGGUCGCCAGUCCACAAACAGAUCCUGAGUUCGGUGGCUCAGCUGCCCCCUGUCCUCCAGGAAAGUGGUCCCUCUGUUCUGAUAAUGCACCAGAAUCGGGGGAACAGAGUCGGGGAACUGCUCUCCCCAAGAAUGGCAGGUCGGGUUUUGGAGAUGGCAGGAGACACGUAGCACAUUGAAGCAUUGACACGGGGUGCUUGGUCCUCCCACCCUGAGCAAACCAGGACCGGAGAAGUUCCUGCCCUGCGUGUGGGGAAGCUCUUCCCUCGGUCACAGCGCCUCCAUCUGCAUCUGAGUCCCCACCUGCCCCUAGUGGGGCUUCCUGGGAGGGACAGACAAGACCCAGAGGGCCCUUGCUUCCGAAGAGCGAUCAUCCUCUCACUCUGGUUCCCCAGUUUCCUUGGAUGGGAAAAAUGUGCGAAAGGCCCCCCCUGAGAAGAGUGCAUUCUGCCACAUAGCUGCUCCUAGCAGGGGAUGUUUCGUUAGCACAACCCAGGGCCCUAGACCCUCUGGUUCUUAACUUAUUUUUUGACGGAGUAGUCACACAGCACAGCACAAGAUUUCCUCUCUGCCUUCUCUCGUGGUGUCCUGGGACACGUCGUGGUUGUGGCUUGGACUAACUGCUCUCUGUUCAGCUCUCUGCUUCUUCAGGUGUCCGUGAGCUGCCUUGUCGUCGUGUCCUAGAGUUGCGUGUGUGGGAGUCGUUCUGUCUGCCGCGUGCCCUCCUUUCUCAGUGUUACCAGCACAUCUUGUAACUGUUUACUGAAGAGUUGUGUCUAUAUAGAGAGAAAACAUAUAUAAACCAAGAGGUGUGUGAA